AUGUCUUUCAGCUCGUUGAUUCUUCUAUUCGCCUCUCAAGCCAUAACAGCCUUGGCUCAGAUCUCUACUGUCAAUGGACAAGCUCUAUACUCUGCUACGCCAGUCUUGCAGAAUCCACUGGGUGUGCCGACACUUGUCUACAACUGUGCCAAGGUCCCUGCACUAUGCAAGAACGUGAACGGCAAUGGCGGGGCAUAUUCACUCAGCACACUACCUGGCGGCCUGAACGGUGGUCUGGCCAAUGGGAACUACCUGACCCUUCACGUCGAUCCAGACGCUGACCGUGGCGAUGACCGGCGUACGGAGUCUUGCCCUGGCAACUGGAAGAAGAACCACGUCUGCCCGGAGCCUGAUCAGCCACUUGUCGUACCGGCACCAUUCAACAAGGGCGGCAGGACCGUCAGCACUGGUGGCUUCGUAGGCUACGCUAUGGAUGGUUCAGUCUCCAACUAUCGGAUUCUCGAUCCUAGUGGAGCGCAGACUGGAAUGGCUUGGACAUGUGACGAGUUCCCACCAGCAUUCUCCAUCCAAGGAGGACAGACAGGAGGAUCUACGGCAAACACAUACUGUGCGCCACAAUUCGCCAAGAUUUGUGAUCCCGGCAACCCAGACGACGAGCAGUAUACACGCUCAGAGCAAGACUUCCAGUCCAGUGCUCAUGGGCGUAUUCAGUCUAAGGAAGUGGCUGCUGGGAGUGGUACGCAAUUGGUAUACACCUCUAACAUCUGGGAGUUCCACUUCAAGACUGUAUUCGAUGAUGACGACAACUCGUAUGCUACACGAGUGGACUGGUACAUUGAUUCAAAUGGUGUAUCUGGCUCACUAUACGGCAUCGACGAGAUUGAGCAGAAGCGGUCAGAGCAGAAGAUCCUCGUCAGCCAUCGAGCACAUGGGAAUGGUAGCUCGAUGGAACUGCGGCGCUUCGUUGAUAUGGAUCAUGGUAUGCCGGACGGGACGCACCCUAUUCACGACCCAUUCCACUUCGAGGAUGUCAGCGAUGUCACGAAGUAUCUGGCGAAACCGUUGGAGCUGCCUGGUGUCAAGGUGGCGACGAGGUAUCUGAGAGAGCCAACACCGACGCUGAGACCUGGCGAAGAGAAGCGAGAUGCCUGCGUAACGGAUAUCACACAGAUCACGGACCAGCCCGAUGCAGCAGCGCCUGCUCCUGUACAAAGCACGUUUGCUACAUACUCGUGCGAUGUGGCAAGUGUGGCUACAUCUGUGGGCUACAAUUGA